UAUGAUAAUUCAGUCAUUGACUGGUUUAAUCAGGGGCACAGUUUUUUUACAUGAAUAGAUCAGCUAUAUGAAUCCCAAUAAACUACAGUCUGUAUUCAGUUAUCUUUUGUUACUUGAAAACUUAAAUAAUCUGAUAAAUCUUGUUGCUUGACUUACUUUAUAGUGAGCACUUUCUAUAGUUUCUCUAUUCUUGGCAGGUAUAGUCCUAGGUUUCAACUUAUGAGGUCCUUUACAUGAUUAGCAUCUCACAAGUCUCAAUCAUAUAGGGCAUGACAUUUGAAGAUAAAAUUUAGGUUUUUCCUUAUGUGCAUCACUGGCGUGCUCGCGGGGAUAUCCUGAAUCAAGAGAGCUGAGUUCGAAUGAGAUUCUUGGUUGACUUGUCAUGUUCAUCUGCAGUGACUGUCCUCUUUCCAAAAACCAUACUAGGCCAUAUAGGAUCAUUUAAUGGUUUUAACUGAAAAACCGUCUAACCAAGCCUUUUGAUCCAUCAUUCCAAAUCUUGGACUAUGAAAAUUUCAUGGUGAUAACAUGGCACAGUUCGGGCAUUUUUGAGUUUUUUUGCAAGAGAUUUUGUGUUGUAGGAAUAUAUUUAUAUUCAGGGCGCUGCCUUCCACCUACUAAAUGGUAGACGGUUAUUCCCUUCACUGGGAAGUAGGAACUAUAUCUUUGUGUAUUAGAAACUUUUGAGCUUUGGUGAAUGACUCCUGUCCAUCUUGUCAUCUCUAAGUUAAAGCAGCACGUCUUUGUCUAUUGUUUUCUAGCGUUGGCUCUUGAGAUAAUUGAGGCGUUGUUUCGUUUCCUUUCUUUUGGGAAUCAAAAUUCAAAAACAAUUUCAGAAACAAUCGCAAACAGGCCAAGUCUAGAGAGACCUUGUUUACUCUCUUGAUUAACGACUGGGAUCUGACUUUCUGGAAUCUUGAUCACUAUUUAAAUCAAGUUUAUGACAGUCGAAGUUGUACCAUUUUCUGUUAGUGUAUAAUCAUCCCCUGUUUGCACCUUGACUUGUCAAGGGGCUAUAGCAUCAGCUUGGUGCAGGGACUUGUAGGACAAAUAAUGAGGGUAGUGAUUAUCUGCUAAAACCUGGUUAAGUUAGGGACACUUUGUUAGGAAUUGAUGCACCUAACUAGGAUCGGUGAGACACGAAACACAAAUAAGAAUAAAACAACAAUCUAAAUCACGUGCACAAGAGUACAAAACACUACAUGGUUUACCUCAUAAUAGGGCUACGACCACGGUCACUGCAGUUUCUCUAUGAUUUGAAAGAGUUACAAUAUAAUAUAGAGAGAUGUGACACUUCAACCAUAUACCUAGUAUUAGGGCAACAAGGUCGAAUUGUGAAAUACCAAAAAUACCCUUACAUGGUUGGAUUCACAUUCAGUACUUAUCCCAACUUACUUUUGGUCAAGCACACGCACCCCAUAAGAUGUUGUAUGUACAGAUUUCCAGCUGCAUAUUUAUGCACCAUUGUUCUUGCAAAUUUCUAGGCAAAGUAGUUUGAGAACGUACAUUUAAUUUGUUUGUUUUAUCUUGUUAAUAGUUUUUAUGGGUCAUUAUUCUUUACAUAAUUUUUUCUUUUUUGUACUUUAUUUUUUUCAGUUGAUACAUUUUACUAUUGUUGUUUUUCUAGAUAAAAAUCCAGUGUCACUGUUUGCAUUCUCGUUGUUUUUGCUUCUUCAUAAUAUGAAAUCUCAGAAUUCAUUUUUAGGUACUUGUUAUCAAAGCCCUUUGUUGUGUAACCCAUUCGAAGAUUUACCCAAGUUUGAAAAAUAUGAUCUGAGAUUUGUCAGUUGAUAUAUAUGAAAGCAUGGAAAAGUUCAUAAGCAUGAUCAAAUUGGAAAAACAACUGAAUUUGAAAAUUGCAAUCAUGAAGUGUUCAUUAACUUUUGUAACUUUUUUUUCUAUUAGGUUGUGUUUGGGUCAUGGAUUUGCUAGGGUUUUGGAAAGUGAAAGAAAAAGACAUUUUGGUUCAAUAGAUCUCUUCAGAGAUUUUUGGGGAGCUUGUUAAAUGGAAGACCAUGCAUCAAUUGUAAGAAAUUGGGAGGACAUGAACACUGAUAUUUUGUUGAAGUUAUUCCAGUCUUUCGACAUCUUUGAGUUGACUUCUGCAAUUCCUCGUGUUUGUAGCACGUGGCGUAUGGUUGCUUCUGAUCCUGUGCUGUGGGGAACUCUUGACUUAUCGAUGUUGAAGUCGAACUUCAUCAAAACCACACAAGAGCCAUAUAUUUAUGUGGAGAGUCGAUCUUGUCAAACAUUAACGCGAGUGUUAAAGAUUGCUUCGAAUUUGAGCAGGGGAAACAUAUUAACAUUAAUUUUCCGUUACGAUCUCUACGUCAGAGAUGAUCAGUUGACUUAUACUGCUGAAAGGUGCCCGCGGCUCAAACGACUUGUUAUGCCAGCUUGGAAUCUAAUAAAAAAGUCAGGAAUAUGCAGUGCUAUCCGUGUGUGGAAAGAUCUCGAGUCACUAACAAUGCCGGCCAUAGAAAAUCCCGCAUACCUCAUUGAAGAAAUCGGUAAGAACUGCAAGAACUUUGCUGAACUCAAGAUCAUGGGACCUUUUGACAUGUUAUUUGCAUCUGCAUUAGUUUCAUUUCUUCCAAACUUGAAGGUUUUAAGCCUACGGUGCUCAGUGGUCUGGAUGAAUGCUCUGAUUGUGGUCUUGGAUCGCUUACCGAAGUUGGAGGUGCUAAAUAUAUCACAUUGUAUACUCAUCGAAACCUCUCCACUUGCACAGGGAAUGAUUCUCAGGGAGCUUGAUGGAUCGAUUCUAGAGAAGGCCUCAAGGUUACGUGAAUUUCUGACGUGCAUAGAUGACUGGUGCAUUAUGUGCCAGAGGACUAGAAAAGAUGAAGGGCUUGUGAGGUGGUACAAAUAUGAAGAAGAGCUUUGGAAAGCUGAUGAGGUCAGAUCACUUUCUCUUUAAGCUUCUUGAGAUGGUCUUUUUGUGGGCUGGGUGCCUUUUAGUCUGAAGCAUCUGGAAUGGGAAUUUUUCUGCUGCGAGGAACGACAACGGGAAUAUGAUACACAAUAUGCUUUAAAAAUCCAUUAUUGAUACAACUAGGCUUGUAUAUAGAUCAUGCUAUUGGAAUUUAAGGCACUUUUAACUAUGAGAGCAAUUUUCUUCUAAUAGUUAGACAUUCAAUAAGGCAUAGUUUAUUAUUCUAUUGAUCGUGUACAACAAGAUUUUAGGAACAUUUAUGGCCCAUUGUUUUUGCAUUAUGUCAUGCCAAAACUCUCUAGAUUUUAGUUUAUUAUAUUUGAAAUUUUCCUAUUUUAAGAAAAUACAUAGAAUAACUUUGCAAAGCAGCAUAAUAAAACUUAUGGUUGAGUGGAUGUAACACUAGUUUCUCUGUUCAUCAAUAUACCACUUGUAUCGAAAA